UCAUUACUGGAAUGACUUCCUGUUUUCUCUGUCAGGCUCUCCACAGUCCUGCUGCUCUCUAAACAUGAACUAUUUUGACUACUGCCUUCGCAACCCGUUUUUACAAAGUAGCACUAGGUGUGGGUCGACGUACGGCUGGGACCCUGACACAGAGUGCGCGUCCCUGUCACCAUGCUGCUGUCCCAGCUGCCGGAAGAGGUUCUCUACCAUAUCUUGUCUCAUUUGGACUACAAAUCCCUCAGUCGCCUCUCUCAAGUUUGUAAAACUAUUUACCACUUUGUGAACCGGGACGCCGUGUGGAGGAAGAUUGCCAAAGAAUUCCUAAACACUGGAAUCACUCGGAACGGCACGGACAUAUAUCCCUCCAUCCAACUGAAGGAGAGGGUGAAGGUAGCUCAGAACUGGUACGACGGGGUCUGCAAAAGGGCAGUUACUCUCAAAUGGAAAACAAAACUAUUACCAUGGUUGCAGCUGGAUGGGGACGUACUGUUUCUGUCUCAGGCGGCCGACAUCGGAGCGUACCGUCUGCGCCCAGUCUCUGGGAGGCUCCAGCGUAACCCGUUUGAAAUCUACUCGGGCCACAAGGGCGAUGUCUGUCGCUUCGUCCUGACGGACUCUCACCUGAUCAGCGGCGGAAGUGAUGGUAAGAUCCUGGUUCACAGCAGGAGGAGGGACAUGUCCGUGGAGUUAUCAGGUCACAACCAGGAAGUCAACUGCCUGGACUCUAAAGAUGGACUCAUCAUCAGUGGAUCCAGAGACCGAACAACCCGGAUUUGGACUCUGACCUCCAGCUGCCCCAGAGACACCAUCCCCAUGUAUGACAGAGUGUGGUCCGUUGCUAUUAGUCCCACAUUGAGAUCCUUUGUAACGGGCACUGCAUGCUGCGAGAACUUCUCCCCUCUUCGCGUCUGGGAUGUUGAACGGUCGGAGUGUGUUAGCAGUCUGGGCCUGGAGUUCCGUCGCGGUGCCGGUGUGUUGGACAUGGUGUUUGAGUCUCCGUUCCAGCUCUUCACCUGCGGCUACGAUACCUUCAUCCGACUGUGGGACCUCCGACUAAGCCCAGGGAAGUGUGUGAUGGAGUGGGAGGAGCCUGAUGACAGCGCGCUGUACUGCAUCCAGACAGACGGGAAUCACAUGAUAGCCAGCGGCUCUUCGUACUACGGCGUCGUACGACUCUGGGACAAACGGCAGACCCAAAGCCUGAAGUUCUUCCAGCUGAGCUCAUACCCGGUGAGCAGCCCGGUGUACUGCCUGAGGUUCAGCAGCUCUCACCUACACGCAGCCCUGGCCACCUCCCUGCACUCACUGGACUUCAGACAGAGCCCCGUCCACAUCAGAUGAUACACACACACACACACACACACUGCUCAAAGGAAUCUGUUCAAUAAAGCUGUCUAUUUUCACACAAAAAAAACGUUUUGAAAGGAACUGCUUUUUCUGAUCCAGAAAUGUAUUUUUUCAAUAUUUUGGUUUUUG